AUGAAUAUAUUUAGUGUGUAUGCACUACAAGCAGGAGGCACAGAUGAAGCAAAAGAACAGUUUUGGGCGGCACUACAAGAAAAACUAGAAAAGGUUGAUGAAAGUGAAAGAUGCAUAAUUGGAGGAGAAAUGAAUGGCCAUGUUGGUAGCGACAAUGAUGCCAUCAGUCGCAUACGCGGAGGAAAUGCUUAUGGAAAUGGUGAUGAGGACGGAGAGAAGGUUAUUGACCUAGCUUUAUCCUUUGAUAUGGUAAUAGGAAAUACCUUAUUCCGUAAGAGAAAUGAACACCUUAUUGCUUACGAAAGUGGUGAUAGAGCAAGUCAAAUUGACUUCCUGUUAUAUCGAAGGAGAAACAUUAGGAAGAUUAAAAACUGCAAAGUAAUACCUGGAGAUCAUGUGACUGAGCAGCACCGCUUGGUUGUCAUUGAUCUCACCAUAGCUGUCUCGCAGAAGCAGAAAAGGAAACUUCAACUCAGAGAAGGAGAAAAUGACCGAAUUCUAAGAGAGCUGAGCCACGAUAGGGUAGAUGUGAACACCUGGUGGAAUGAUGCAAAAAGUAUUACAUUAAGAGCUGGAAAGGAAAUAUUCGGCGAGAGUAGUGGAAAGGUUUGGGAAAAUAAGGAAAUUUGGUGGUUUAAUGAAGAAGUACAAGGGAAAAUGAGUGCUAAGAAGAAAGCCAAGAAAAAUGGUAAGAAAGUAAACAAGAUGAAAACAGAGCAGCAUAUAAACAGUGUUGCAAGGGAGCUAAGAAAGCAGUUGCCAUCGCAAAAAAAUUAUAGAUAUUUGAGAGGAAAUGAAGAGUCGAAUGAUCAAGAAAUAGCCGAAAUAACUAGAGAAGAGGUGAAUGCUGAACUAGAGAAAAUAAAGAAUGGAAAAGCUCCGGGACCCGAUGACAUACCAGUGGAAGUAUGGAAAGCUUUGGGAGAAGAAGGGGUUGACAUGUUUAGAUGGAUAGAUAAAAGAGAUACUGGAAAGCAAUACCAGAAAAAUGCAAUCUUCAAAGAGAAAGGAUAUAUUCAGAGUUGUGAGAACUAUUAA